UAGGUAAGAUGAACGCGGUAUCACUACCACCACCCACAAGAACAGGUAAGUUAAUGGUACCUUGGAGUUGUUUGUUUUCGGACAAGUUGAAAUGCUUUUUUGACAAAGCAUCAGAAAAGAAAAAAGAAAGAAGGGAAGGGGCAAAAAAAGCCAAACCAAAGGAGAGCCUGUAGUCUGAUUCUGAGACUCUUCCAGGCCAACCAGAGGGAAAACACUGCUAAAGAUGGGAGUGAUAAAGGCAGCCAUAGGAGAUGCCCUGUUAACAUCGAUGUGGGUAUUUAGCAUGCCAUUUCUAAAGAUUUUCACAGGCAAAAUAGCAACUUUCCUUGGUGUUCAAACGCUGCCUUUGGCUGCUCUUUUCAUUACCACAAACUUGGUCAGUACUAUGGUGUUUAUCUUCAGCUUGAUUGGCGAUGCUUUUGGUGGCGCCAGCUGGAAUCCCACGGCUUCUCUCACUUUCUACGCCGCUGGUCUCAAGAAAGACUCGUCUCUCCUUUCCAUGGCUGUACGUUUCCCUGCUCAGGCUGCUGGUGGAGUAGCUGGUGUCAAGGCAAUUUUGGGAGUGAUUCCAGGGGAAUACAGGAAAACCCUAAAAGGACCUUCCCUGAGAGUGGAUUUACAUACUGGGUUUUUAGCUGAAGGGUUGCUGACAUUCGGGCUCUGUCUUGCUCUCCUUGUGAUUUUGUUCAAGGGUCCUAAAAACCCUUUGCUUAAGCUUUGGUUAAUGGCUGCAUCAACUGUUGGAUUGGUUAGAACAGGCUUUAAGUACACUGGACCUUCCCUGAAUCCUGCCAAUGCUUUUGGAUGGGCAUAUGUCAACAAUUGGCACAACUCUUGGGAGCUUUAUUAUGUUUAUUGGAUUGGUCCUUUGAUUGGAGCAACUUUGGCUGCUUGGGUUUUCAGAUUCUUGCUUUCUCCACCACCACCAACCAAGGAGAAAAAAGCAUGAUUUAGAUGUAACUUGUUCACAAUUUAUAAUAAAAUAUUUUCAUUUUUCUUGCAUUUAGCUGUUUACUGAUCUUGGGAUGAUCUUGUUGUUAAUCUGAUUCAUAUAUCAAAUUAAUAGAAAAAAUCCAGAAAUUUUUU